UUAAGUCCUUGGCUUUCUGCCCGCCCCUUUUCCAAAUAAGAAGGCUGGAGCUGCUCUGAAGUGCACAGGGGUCUUUUGAAUUGCAGUAGGGUUCAGAAAUCCUCGCUCCUGUCCUUACUCUGUUUUCAAGGCUAACGGGAAAGGGUAAGGAUGGUGGAGGCUUUCUGUGCUACCUGGAAGCUAACGGACAGUCAGAACUUUGAUGAGUACAUGAAGGCUCUAGGUGUGGGCUUUGCCACCAGGCAGGUGGGAAAUGUGACUAAACCGACAGUGAUCGUCAGUCAGGAGGGGGAGAAAGUGGUGAUCAGGACUCAGAGCACAUUCAAGAACACGGAGAUUAGUUUCCGUCUGGGAGAAGAAUUUGAUGAAACCACUGCAGAUGACAGAAGCUGUAAGUCUGUUAUUAGCCUAGAUGGAGACAAACUCGUUCAUGUACAGAAAUGGGAUGGCAAAGAAACAACUUUUGUAAGAGAAAUCAAGGAUGGCAAAAUGAUCAUGACUCUUACCUUUGGUGAUGUAGUUGCUGUUCGCCUCUAUGAGAAGGCGUAGAAACGGUCUUGAUCCGGGCCCGGAAACACCGUCCAGUUUUUCUGUGACUCAAGACUUGGCACUAUCCUGCUACGACAGCACAGCUGACCACUAAUUAGAGGGUUACCCUUGGUGUGGAGGUAGACCAUGGUGGUUCAAACACUUGUUCCUUUAAGCAACUAGUUCAGUUUGAUCUACGAAUUUAUCAUGGUGUAUAGUUUGCAUUAAGAAUUUAAGUCACAUCUUUAAAAUAAAAAAAGGAAUACAUUUAAUAAUUUCCAUUAGAAUGUAAAUCGAAUUGGAAUAAAAAUCUAAUAGUACCCCUGA